GAAAAAUUUGAGAUCUUCAACCUGGGUAUGAAGACUGGGGACAGCCUGAAGAUCAAGGGCAAGAUAUCUGAAGAUGCUGACGGCUUCAGCAUCAAUCUUGGCUGCAGCAACUCGGAUCUGGCAUUUCACUUCAAUCCCCGCUUCAACGAGUCUGUCAUCGUGUGCAACUCCAGGUGCUCCAGUGCCUGGCAGGCAGAACAUCGUGAUGACCACCUCUGUUUCUCCAGGGGCUCCACUGUCAAGAUGGUCAUUGAAAUGCUGGCAGACAAAUUCCAAGUGAAACUACCGGAUGGGCAUGAAGUGGAGUUCCCCAACCGGCACUCCUAUGAUAAGAUCAGCUACAUGAACAUCAAGGGAGGCUUCAGGGUCACCUCCUUCAAGCUAGACUGA